AUGCAAACAGGUAAGUAAUGCAAAGAAUUAAUUUAACGGAGCGCACGUGUCGGUACGCAAAUUACUGAUCCUAAAUUUUUGAUGGGUUCGAAUGUUAACGUAGGUGUGCUUGCAUUCGAUGAUAUCAUUGUAAAUACGAGAGCCUUUGAAGCUGACUUGGUAAUUAUGUACAAUUUCAACAUCGAACGGAGAAUUAGCUCUUUUUCAUCGUUAACGGAGUGGAUUUAACAACACUCGUUAGGAUGAAACACUUAUCAAACUUAAUUGAAACAUGAAUGCUGUUAUAAUUCACAACUCUGAAAGAUUACAAGAGAGUUGAUGUCGCAGUGCUGUCUUUCAUAAAGAACUAUCUGUGUUUCUUGGCUUGUGCUCUAGUUGUAAGUAACAAUAUUGAGGACAUAAGCGACAUUAGUUCAUGUGAUAACCUAACUCACGCCAUAUAAAUAAGAAUUUUACUAUUUCCCUUCGAGCUAAAAUUCCAUUUCCGUUUUUCACACAAUAAUUUCUCGGCAAUAAUUUAUGUCCGAAAAGGGUGGAUAUCAGCACCUGAAUUAAGUUUUGUGCAUAUCGUCUCAAGUUUCAAGUAAAGCUUCGAAAAAAACACUGGUCUCCUGAUUAGAGCACGUGAACUUUCUCUCUCCAAGAUCUUUACUGCCUUCAAUCAAAACAACAAACAAAUACAUCAACGUCUUCGUGCCUAAAAAAUUGCAACCUUACCUCUAUCGAUGACCGCGACAUGAGCAAGUAAUUACUUCCAAAUUUUUUCAGCAGGAACAAGCUGUUCCUCUGCUGUUUGUCAUCAUUUUUUUUAGUGUUAGGCUACCAGUUAGCGAAGCAAUCGGAAAGUGGCUUCUGUACUGCAUAUUUCACAUUUUGUCUGCAUCACUGAUUACAGUCAAAGUUUCUCUGAUUUUCCACUUCGCACGUUAGUUGGUACUUUGCAAUUUACGGUGUGCCAUUAAGAAGGCAACAUCCUUUCUCUCAAAACGUGAUCAACAGUUGUUGUUUGUUAUUUUACUUCUUGUCCAGCUAUUACAGGUAGUAACUUUCUUUAACUUAAGUUUGGAAAUAUUGGAAUACUGUUCAUUGGCUCACUUUAUUUGGAAUCGUUUACGGUUGGGAUCAGAGCGGAUAGAACAUAGAUUUAUUAUAACUUUUUCUUCUUUUUGAUGCAAGACAAAAUACUUUUUUUUUGUAAAAGGGUUGCAUGAUCUCGUGGGGCCUCAAGUAUGGACUCUUUAUUGUAGGGUCCCAAUGCCGUAGGUACGUAAGUGAUGGUUCUCAAGGCUAACGGUUGGUCAUUUUCCGGCUAACAGUUGAUUUCCGUCCUUUAUGAUUAAAAGACAAAUUUUAACGGCUAACCAUUUUUGCAAAUAACGGUUAAAAUUUGUCAAUUUUUACGCCUAACGGCUAAAUUUUUGGGCAGUUUACGGCUGACGCAGCCCAAGCACCUGCAUAAUUUGUUUAUCAUCAUAGCGUCAGGGAUUGACAGCAAGUUUGGCAGAAGUUUCAAAGUCACACGUUGUCGCCUAAAUUUUUUUUGAUAAUGGCUAAUACUGAAACUGUAGAAUUUGUGAACCAGGUUUCAGAACUCUGAUGCCGGAAUGAGUCAAUCAGUGCCGGUAGAGAGCGGAUUGGCCUGUUUCAAAAUUUUUCAAGAAAGGCGUUAUUGGCGUAAUUAUAUGCCCAAAAAUCGCAAGACUCGUCCUUGUUUUUUUCUUCAAAAUGAUGCUCUCUGUUAACUGGCAACUAUACAUGGAUGUAAAACAGUCGUUGCCGCAUUUAAAAAAUUUGCCUCUGCUUCACGCCCGUGACAAAAAGAAUGACAUGUUUCUUUAUACAUGGAGAUCAUAUUAUUGAUUUCUUUUCACAGCGUGGAUUGGCGCCAUGGCCAUGGGUUUGAACUUCUUUUUUGGUCCUAUAUCAAGUGCAUUGUGUGAUCGUCUUGGAUGCCGUGUUGUGUCCUUUGCUGGUGCGUUACUAUCCGUCUCAGGGUUGUUCCUAACCUCCUUUAUACAAGAAGCUCAUAAAAUGUAUGUGACCUACGGGCUUGUAUGGGGAGUGGGUUCUAGUUUCUCCUAUGUGUCGUCUAUCGUUGUCCUGGGUGAAUACUUUAAUAGAAGAUUGGCGCUUGCCAAUGGGAUUGCAUCAUGUGGAGGUGGCGUGGGCUCUCUUGUUACCGGGCCGGUCAUAAAUUACCUACUGGCAUCUGUCGGAUGGAAACACUCCAUGCGCAUUUUAAGCGCGUUUGCUGGACUGUUAUGGAUUGCAACUUUGAUCUUUAAACCAAAGGAAAAUCUUCAAUCUACUAGGCAGAGGAGAGAAUGUACCAAGUUAUUUGAUACUUCAAUAUGGAAGAGUAAAGCGUACGUUUUGUGGGUCACUACUGUAGCUGUGUUUCAAUUUGGUUAUCUUGUUCCAUUUAUUCACCUGGUAAGUUGUAUCGUUGUGUGUUUGAUACUCAACAAAACUUCUCAUUCCUGAUUGGUCAAUGACAAAUGCAUAAAUAGCUUAUAGACCGCCGUUCGGGAUCUCAUAAGAAAAUCAUCGUUUAAAUAUAAGUUAGGCGGAUAAAUUCUAAAGCUGAUGUUAAAAGCGUAGACCUUAUGAAGAAUUAAGGGCCACCGCUCGAAACUCUAGCCUUAGAAACUCUCUUCGCCGGACAAUUUACGUUAUCCACUCAGUUGAUUAAACAAAAUUAUUUUAAAAUUCCCUCCACCUACUCGACACCACAUUUCUUUGUAGAAUAUUAUCACCUUUAUUCGUUUCGUUUUUAUCUGCAGGUGAGGUAUGCCGAAGAUUUAGGAGUUCCAAAAUCUAAAGGCGCUUGGCUGAUUGGUUUUCUAUCCAUCACCUCAACGCUUGGUCGAGUGGUAUUUGGCAAGAUUUCCGACUUUAAAUUCGUCAACAGGCUCUACCCAUACCAAUUUUCGAUAUUUUGCAUUGGAGUGACCACUCUCUUGUGUCCUCUGGUCAAAAACUAUGCAGGACUUGUGGGUUAUGCUUUAAUAUUUGGAUUUUUUGACGGAUGUUUUGUGGGCCAAGUGGCGGUGAUUACGGCUGAUGUGGUCGGACGCGAUAAGCUUUCUCAAGCAGUGGGAAACAUGUUUGGAACUAUGGCGAUACCACUGAGUCUUGGACCUCCGCUUGCAGGUAAUAAGCUGUGUUAAAGAUGGUGAAAUUAUCGAUGAAAUGUCGAGUGUAAUCCGGGAUUGCUCUUAUAGGGUCCGUAAUUGAUCUAAAGAAUACGCUCCAACCCCCCCCCCCCCUGUUGAUUAGAUGCUAAGCAAACCGAAUUUUUAUCUUUGUUUUUGCUGUUGAGACUGACUGAUUCGAUUCAUCCGUUCAAAUUAAAAGGGUCGAGACUAACCCGAAGUUUGCACUCUGUUUUCAGGUUGGCUGCAUGAAGCAUUCGGUACCUAUGAUGAAGCAUUUUACAUUGCCGGUUCUGUGGCGUUAUUUUCUUCGCUCAUGAUUUUUGGGGUGAACUGUAUGAUUCGAAAGCAGUCUAUAGCAAGGAGGCAAUUGGGAUUUAAAAACGACUCUUCGUUGAGUAUCUCUGAAGCUGAAACGGCAUCUGACUCUGUUUACAUAGAUACAAAAUCACAGCUGAUGCUGGAAGAGGAGCACAUUUUCACCAAUAAACUUUGCAAGUUUCACUGCGCUUUAAGAACAAACAAGAAACUUCUUGUGGUUGAGAGAGAAACUGUCUUAUAGUAUUUUUAAAGAUUCUUAGAUUACUGAUAGAGCAAUUUUCAACUGAGUGUAGAAACUUGUCCAGGAUUGUUUUGUUUUGCUUUAUUCCGCUGUGUCCUUGGUCCUAAAAACUCGGCCUCUUUUCCAACUAAUCAGAUGCAAAUCUUAAACCAACAGCGACUUCGUCAUUCGCGAAGUGUGUCCAUGAAAUAAUUUUGCUCUGACACGAUGGGUCUAAACACGUAGUGUUAUCGAAUAUGCCCCAGCAACCAACUAAAACUGAAAAAUAUCCCCAUGAUAAACUUUAAGGGACACUCCCCAAUUUUUGAACGUUUCGUCUACCACAACGAAAGUGUUGUUUUAGGUUCAAUUCAAGAUGCAGAAGAAGGGACAUCGAACCGGAGAACACUGAAAAGUAAACAUCCCAAGCAAAAUGACAACUGUUCGUAAACAUUUUCCUGCGCGUUGCUAAAUUAUUUGAAAGAUAAUAAAUACAACGGCCUCCAGUUAACGUUAAAAUAUGCAUGCAUAUUUAUCCGUGAACAUCAUCUGUUCUUCAGCCUUGCAGUUUUCCUGGAGCUUCGCUCUCUGAAAACUGUUCACAACUUGGGACAGAUGACAUCCGCGGAACUUGAUAUCCGUACGUAUUUUCGCGCCUUAUGAAAGCUAUAGUUUAUUAAAUAUCAUAUAUCACGUGGACGUAUGUGUUUCAGAGUUUAGUGGCAGCGAUGGGGCUCUGGGAUAUUUUCAGAAGCAAAGGUUAACUACUGCAUUGUUUACGUGAAUAUCAUCGAUAUUUCAUCAUGAUUUCACAUACAUCGCGUGACCUGACAAGGUCAAGGAACACGGAGUUAAGUUCAGACCAAUUACUUUAAGCGAUAACAAAAAAAAGCAUGUUAAAAAACGUUACUGAAACGUAAAAGAUCUGCGCUAACAAGGGAUAAAAGUCGACUCAAGUCACACAGCGUGUAACUAGCGUGACGUCACAGGACGUGACGUACGCGCAAGUUAAGGUAGGUUCAUUUCGUAAUUAACGCGCGCGGUUGGUAAACAAACAAAUAAAGCAACCAAGUUCUUUCCGAGA